AUGAUUGUCACAGAAGAAUGUUAUCAUCGAUAUGGAGAUCCAGGUCUCCAUCGAGCCUUCUCCUCAUGGGUUCACCGAAAAAAUUCUUCCCAUUAUUCGCCUAUUUCUCCCUCCUAUCAACAAGCUCUUCUUAAUCUACAGCUGACGGGUGGUUUACAGCACAACCAGCAGAUCACCACCUCGUCAUCAUCAUGCAAUUCCAAGAAAUUGCCGAUUAUCAGCCCGGACACCCCAUUGCGGGAGCGGGCGCUGUGCAAAUUCGAAUACGUGCUUAACUAUAAUCCGAGGCGGAUUCCUGCAGCGCUCACAGAAGUGAAGUGCUCGUGCCAGAAGCCGAACCCGAAAUUGGUCGGAAAGCGGAUAUUUGAGUGCGAGCCUUUGAGAUACCAAGUGAGAGUGCUACUCUUCGACGACACAUGCAACACUUUUACCGAGCACACGGAAACAAUCUCCCUCGCCUGUCUACCCGUCAUUCAGGCCAACGCGAACGCCGAAGAUCUCAAGCAGUGCGAUCACAAGAGUUAUCUGGGGUUCAAAUUGAGCUAUUUCCGCAAUGUGCUCUUCACGUGUCUCGAAUGG